AAUUCUCUUAAUGGAGACUACAAUCACAGACUGACAAAGGGCCAUAUUCAGUUAGGUGUGAUGUACGCAACCCAAGAUCAGAACCAGGGUGAAUUGCACAUUUAUAUCAAGAGCGCUACAGAUUUGAAUGUCCCUCUGGGAGCCAAUGAAGGUGGUGGUGAUAGCAAAAAUAGAGUCAAUCCUUUUGUGAAAACAUAUUUACUUCCUGAGAGAGAGAAGAAUUCUAAACGCAAAACGAAGAUCAUUAAAAAGAGCAAUAAUCCCACCUGGGAGGAAGUCUUGGUAUACAAAGGAAUUGUCAAAACUCAACUGCCUUCAAUCGGUGUCGAGGUGGUAGUCUGGGAUGCGCCUAAAAUUGGUUACUAUGAAUACCUUGGGGGAUGCAAUCUUAACGCCGGAUCACGAUCUGGUUUCGGAAUGGAUGCUGCAGGUAUCGAGCGCUCCUUAUGGGUAGAAAUGAUGAGCAAACCCAACAAGAUGAUUGAAGGAAAUGUUCCACUCCGAUCAACGAUGGAUUAA